AUGAACGUUAAGGAAAUGUUUGAUAGCGUGGCGUUGAGCCUCAUUGCCUUCUUAGAGUCUCAUGAAGGGGUAAAGAAUGUACAAUUGUUUGAGACAAAACCAGCAACACAAUCACAAGUAGAUGCUUGGGAGAAGACGAACAAAAUUACCAUGCCAUCGGAAUUGAAAUCUUUCUUGUUGUAUUCGAAUGGGUUUUUAUUAAAGUGGAAAAUCAGUUUAUCGGAAGAGAGAGAAGUACAGAUGGGAUACAUGUCCAUACAUUCCAUAGAAAAGAUGGUGGAAGUAAAACGCAAAGAUGAUGAUACAGAAUCCUUGCAUCCAUUUCAUGCUGCAUUCGAAUUGAGUAAUUCUACAACUCACUGUAACGGACGUGUGUGUUUUGUAUACAAGGACCAAUCACAAAAUCCUGCAACUGCUGAGAUUUGGUAUCAAGAUUUGGGAAUGAAUUGGUGGUUCAUCUCAAAAACGUUUGUGGAGUAUUUUCGACUCAUGAUUUUGCAUUUGGGUUUACCGAACUGGCAGAUGGUAUUUACUGAUACGGGUCUUCCAUCCAUAACGAAACAGUGGAUUCGAUUUCUAUCUCCUCAAAGACUGCUCAUUGACCUCAGUAGACUAUGUCUGAACAAGGAGGCUCUAAUAGAAAUGCCCGAGAGUAUGAAUGAAGUUUUUAAAGUAAGAACAGUAUCAAGAGUCACAGAGCUUCGAAAUAAGAAUAAGAAAAAGAAAAAAGUGUCUGUGAAGAAGAAAACGAAAAUUGAUCUUAAAAAACUGGACGCAAUGGCCUCCAAGAACAAGAAGAAGGAAAAAUCUUUUACAUCCUCUGACAAAAUUUGA